UAAUAUCUCCUUCUGCCGCUAAUACUGUACUGGGGCAGUUAGUUGAAACAUAACUUUGUAUUUACCUAUUGGGCACAAUACCAUUGUGGUUAUAUACAUAACAGAUAACCAGUGUAUUGCAUGUACCAUUGCUAUUCCCCUGAGGAAGCUGUGGAAUGCAGCGGAAACACGUUGGGCCAAAACAGUUGGUACAAUAGGUUUCAUAAUUUAAUCUGACUUUUAAUGGGUCACUUUAUUGUCUGUGGUGUAUUUUAACUAAUAGAAUUAAAGGUUAUAAUUUAGAGCACUUCCCCUGGGCAUAAUUACCCCCUUUUAUUAUUUGAAAAUGGACAGAUGUAGUCAAUGGCAGGCAAUGUUCGGGAUGGGUGUGCCAUGGUAUAUGUCAGUAUGUGGAUGUAUACCACAUAAGUUAUCAUGUGUCCCAUAGCUUAUUUCCUCAUGUUAUCUCGGGGGGGUGUACUUAUUUAUUUUCAGUGUGGUGUGUAUAUAAGUAGCGCAUCACACAAGAAGCCAUAUAGCUAUAAUUUACAAAUUAUUUUGAAUACUAUAAAGUCAAUGGCAAAAAAAAGAAUCCAGAGCUAUCUGCAAAUCAGUCCCUGGCUUCCUUCCACACAGGGCGAAGACAUUUACAGAUCUGCAUUAUAACUAGCGGUGGCCAUUUUGUUGAAGACUCAUUAGCGGUGGCGCCAGUUUCCAGUUUGAAUCCGUCGCCAUGGAAACGGCCCGGCGCUCCGUGUUGGUCGCUUCGCGCGGUGACGUCAUGCGGCGUAACUUCCGGGUCGCUGAACGUACGUACGGCCGGAGAAGCAGGUGCGUCUUCUGUAUGAUGGGCAGGUGACAUGAGGACCGUCCCCUUUCACGCCCCAGAUUCUCUGAUUUUACCGUCUCACCCCCACCCAAGGAACGACAUCACUAAUGGUUGAGUCAGAUGAUGACUUUGCUGAACUUUGCUCCAAACUGUUGAAAAGGGUUCGGAAGAACAACAACCCCCAGGAAGGUCAGAAUGUCCCCAAAGUCAGCACUGCAGCACGAGGGGCGGCGAAGAAGACCAAAGCAACUGGGACCAAGAAACAGAAAAAGGACGGGGGCGGCAAGGAGGCGGAAGUGGCUGUCGUCCCAAAACCUGAUGGUGACAAACCUGAUGUUCACACUAAUGGGCUCCUACAGAAGGAUGGGAGCAGAGAUGACGGUCAGACCCGAGAUGGAGACCCCAGACCCCCCGACCACCUGAGUGUAAAAGACCUUGUCUUGGAACGGAUGCAACAAUACAAGAGGGCAGCCCCCAGCCGGAUGAAGUUGGAUUCCACAGAGACCAGUGAAGCACAUGUUGGAUCCUCUACAACCUCUCCAAGUGUACAGAACGAUGGAGCUCUGGCCCUGGCUCUGCACAUGGAUGUCAAGGAGAAGCCAGCGAGCUUAGAAGAUGAAGGACUCUUUUUUUGCCAGCUGUGCCAAAAAGACCUGACAGCCAUGGCCGGCCCCCUGAGGGAGCAACAUGUGAACAGGUGCUUGGACCAAGUUGAGAAUUUAGGAGGAGGCUCAGUAACUGUGGUUCCUAGUUGUCCGUUAUGCGGGAAACCCUUUAGCACAGAGAAAAGCCGCGCAUCUCACCUAAAACGUUGCGCCGCGAAGCUGGAUGUUCCUGCUCAGACUUUGCUGCAGGCUGUCCAGAGACAGGCAGCUGAGGCGGGAUCAGAGGUGCCACCAGGGAUCAUCAAUGGGAAGAGGAAGGGGGUACCAAAACAGAAGGGACCAGCCAAGAAGAGGAAAACGGCAGAGACUGGUGCUGAGAUGGAGGAUUUGAUGGUUGCUAUGGCGUUAUCUCGUUCUAUGCAGGAGGACAAGAAGGCACAGAAUGCAGCUGGGGGUCAUCCCCCUCCGGAAUUGCCUGCGCGAGAAAAGAAAAGUCGACGAAAGCAGAAGGAUAAACCCACCCCGCUACUGCUGGUCCAGGCCCCCGAGGAGACUGGGGAGAAAUUACAGAGGAAUCUGUCUAUGCUACUGACUGAGGAAGCUGUGGAGAACAGGGUCAUGACACUGCCCCCAAGCCAUUUCUGGUCAGUGGGGGAAGAAGAGCGGGAGAGCUGGAGACUGCGGGAAGGGAAAAGAUGCGGGCUGUGGGAUAUCAGUAAUAUGAUGGAACAGAGAGACACCCUAAGCUAUUAUACAGCUGAGCUGAACCCCCCAAUAACCCCAUGGACGUCUCCUGUGAAGAAACUGCAUAGUUCACAGUCACGUGCGAAUACAUCAAUAUUGCAUCCAGGUAAUCCGAAAAUGCAGACUGCUGCAAGGAAGGAUCCCCAGCGGGUGUCAUGGGAGGAUAAACCUCCGCUAUCCGACAGUCAGAAGGUAUUGCUGGACCUGGCUGAACUGGCAGGAGAGGGCAUCACGCUGACUCAAUGGAACGGCGGAGCUGGCAGUGUUAGUCACCGGACAGGACGAGAGUCACCAGUCACUAUCGCAUCCAGCGGAUUCAUGCCGGCACGAGAGAAAAAGACCACAAAUAAGAGCUGUGCACCUGAUAACAAGGUCCCACUGCUUGCCCUAUCAGCAGAUUUCAUGGAGAUGGUGAAUAACCCCCAUCUGAGCGAUGCCCAGCUGCAAACUGACUGCGGGGAGGUGUUCAGCGCACAUAUGUUUGUGCUGUAUGCGCGCUGCCCUCUGCUGGUUGAAGCUAUCCACUCUGAAGGUUUCUGGGUAGAUGAAUCUGGCAUGGGACGGGUCCGACGUCUCUUACUGAAUGAUGUGUCUGCCGAGGCUGCCCUGUGUUUUCUCCGAUUUUUAUAUUCUGCCGCGGCUGACAUACCAGGUCACUGCCUGACUCAUGUUAGUGAGCUGGCCCGCAGGUUUGGUGUAAAAAGUCUCAUAGACACCUGUGAACUUCUAGUUUCUGGGACACACAGUGGUGAGAUAUCCACAGAAGAGGAGGGUGAUGAUGGAGGAGAACGAGCAGAGACUUUCCAGGAGUUACUGAAGUCCAUGUGGGUGGAUGAAGGUGAGGACAUCUGUGAAGACGUACGUGUAGAGGCAGAAGAUGAGGACAAGCUGGACGGUGGAGGUGUAGGAGAGGGAGAGCUGGAGGAGAUCUAUGAAUUUGCUUUUACUCAGCGUAAGAUAUUCGCAGAACAAGACUGUGAAGAUGAAUGUGAACAGGAGGUUGGACAUCAAAACAAAUCUGUAGACAAUUUUCUCAGAUCCAGAAGUCUCAGUUUAGAAGAAAAGGAAGAAAUGGAUGUUAUACAGACGACUCCACCUAAAGUGUCUUCUAUCCCAACAGACAUGGACUCUUCUCCCACAAAAUCACGUGCCUGCCUUCUGUCCAACAGCCCUGAAUAUUCCCUGUCUCUUCCUGUAGCUUCUUCUGCCCAGCUCAGAAGUCCGCCAUCAUCUUCUAACUCUAUCGCUCCUGUCAAGUCCCCUAAACUUAAGGUUGCAGAUGGUUCUCCAGCAAAACAAGUCCUUACAUCACAUAAUACUUCAGCUGCUGAGUCUCCCAUCCCUGUUAUCUCUCUGAUCUCCCCGAACAGAGAUGAAGACCCUGAGGCCGAUCUGUUUGCUCUCCAUAGUCCUCCACCCCUCAAUGAUAGUUAUGACCGCAUGUUCUCACAAACUUGUGGUGAAUAUGGGGAACCUUCAGGUAUCAAUGAAAGUAAGUCCCAAAUUAAUCCAGCUAGCCCUCAAGAUCAGCAGCCCAUACUUACCAGCUCACCCACUGCCAUGCCGUGUCCUACUCUUCCUGAACUUGGGUCUACUGACAUCCAGCCACAAACACAUUCGCUUUUAGAGCGACCAUCAUACAUCUCUGAACAUGGAACAUCUCUACGUUCCAGCUUCAAAGAAUCCAAUCACAGUACACCGACUCAGGACAGCAAAGAUACUUCUCCCAAAGCCCCAACUCAAGAUGGACACAUCAUUCUGAUCUUGUCAUCAGAUGAAGAGAUGGAGUCCAGUGAUCAGGCUGCAGCACCAACCAGAAGUCGACACUCCGACAAGUCUGAUAUAUCUAAGGCCAUUAAAGAGUCUCCAAGUAGCUUCACUCACAAGAGGAGCAGUGAAGAGUUCUCCCAUCUGGAAAUAACCAGUGGCUCAGAGAUGUCUUGGUUGGUGCCCGCUACACCCUUGCCCCAGUCAACAAGCUCAAAGAUUUCCUUUCUACAGACAUCAUGUUUACCUCAGUCCCCUCAGAAAACAUCCCAUCCUUCUCCUCCAGACUUACAGAAGACGUUGAAUGCAGCUCAGUCACCUCAAAAAGCACAAAAGACCUCCAGUACAACUCUGUCUCCUCCAGACAUACAAAAGAAGUCAUUCUCAGCUCUAUCAACUACAAACUCACAGAAGACAUCCCAUGCAACUCUGUCUCCUCCAGACUCACACAAGACAUGCCAUGCAUCUAUGUCACCUCCAAAGUCACAGAAGAUGUCCCAUUUAUCUUCGUCAUCUCCAAAGUCAGCGAGGAUGACCCAUGCAUCUCCUUCACCUCCAAAGUCACCGAAGAUGUCCCCUUUAUCGCCUGCAUAUUCAGUGUCACCGAAGAUGUCCCAUUUAUCUUCGUCAUCUCCAAAGUCACCGAAGAUGACCCAUGCAUCUCCUUCACUUCCAAAGUCACAGAAGAUGUCACAUUCAUCUCAAACAUCCAGAAACCUUGAUGUUUCUUUCCAAAGUUUAAUGUCCCAGACUCAGGCAAGCCCAGUAUCCCUCCCUUCGAUGUCUCCAAAGUCACCGAGAACUCCUCAGUCAUUGCACCCCUCCACCCAAAAAAAGCUUGAGACAGGACGCAAGACACAGUCUAGUGUAUGUAGCAAAGCUCCUUCUUCACCACCAAUAUCCAUUGCUAGUAGCUCGGUGUUUGAGGUAAAUGACAGUGAGGAUGAGGCCCCUUCAGCGGAGCCCCAGGCCGACAUCAGUAAUGUUAGCUUUCAGUUUAACUACGACGAACCUCCUAUCCCCAUGGAAGACGAUUUCUGGAGCAACAUGGAGAAGACUCCAAAAAGGUCGUAUUCCCUAUCUGCUCCCAGCACUCCGGUUGGGACUCCGAGCAAAUCUUUGUAUCGUAAACCUUACAGUCCUUCACCAACAAAAAGCACAACACCCACGAGUAUUAAGGAUUCUCCGCAAGCCCGAGUCUCCCAGGGAAGUCAUCAGAGUUACCUGAGCUCCAGGUUAUGGGAGGACUGGGAGGAUGAUAACCCUGAGCUGCCUGCUGUCCUCCCUCUAUCUCAGAGACUGAAGAAAGUCCCAGAGGUGCAGAAAGAGCUGAAGACUCCAGUUUCCAUUGUGCGCAGAAGAGAGCUCGCUCCCGUGGUUCCUAUCACCCCCCUACCGGACUAUUCUGACAUGGACACCCCAAUCCUGAAAAAAGAGUUGAGCAAGUUUGGUGUCCGGGCGCUCCCCAAGAAGAAGAUGGUGCUAAAGCUGAAAGAGAUCUUCCGCUACACCCAUCAGGUCAUGAGCUCCGACUCUGAGGACGAUGUCGCGUCAUCCCUGCCCCAUCGCAGUAAAGGCAGCAGUGCAGCUCAGGGGCUGCAGAAACCUCCUCAGGAUAAGCAGCGGCCUCAGAAUGUUACCAAGGGGUCAAGCGGUUCUCACAUAGGGAGGAAAGGGACAUCGGUGUGCGCAGCACAAGAAGAGGACGCAGGAGACGAUCGACCUCUGACAGCAUCGCAAGAGUCUUCUACAUCCUCCGUGGCUGCCAGCGACACGUCCUCCCUAUCCCAAAGCUCCAACACCAAUGAGUUUGAAACGGCGUUCGCAGACGAAGAUGACGAUGAGCCGGUGGCAGCCUCCCAAGCGGCCAGCAAAGAGGCUCUGACAGCGGAUGCCGUGAGGAGGUUCAUCGAAGCUCGGCCCGACUUGCACAGGCAAAUCUUACUAUAUCAGCCCCUGGACCUUUCCGCCCUUCAUGCAGAGCUCAAGCUUAACGGAAUCAAAAUCGCCGCCGGAAAGCUGCUUGACUUUCUGGAUUCGCACUGCGUCACUUUCACCACCGCCGCCGCCCGCAAGGAAAAGCAGAGCCGCCGGAGGAGGAAAGUGGGGAAGCGCCACUGAGACUAUUUCAAGGGUAUCUCUAUAGGAAGACUGUUGCCUAGCAACUCUGGGACUUUAUUUUUCUUUUGACUAUUCCUUAUGGUAGCCACAGAAAGUUGUCAACUGCUGCUAUAAUGUUUUGUGACAAUGUCAUCUGUGGCCCCAGGACUUAGGUCUCCAAACUGUGGCCCUCCAGAUGUUGCAAAACUACAACUCUCAGCAUGCCCGGACAGCCAAUGGCUGUCUGGGCAUGCUGGGAGUUGUAGUUUUGCAAUAUCUGGAGGGCCACAGUUUGGAGACCAUUGCCCUAGGAGCUGUAGCUGCUGCCUCCAUUAAAGGGGUACUCCGGUGGAAAUUCUUUUUUUAUUUUUUUUUUAAUAAUCAACUGGCGCCAGAAAGUUAAACAAAUUUGUAAAUUACUUCUAUAAAAAAAAAAAAAUCUUAAUCCUUCCAGUACUUAUUAGCUGCUGAAUACUACAGAGGAAAUUCUUUUCUUUUUGGAACACAGAGCUCUCUGCUGACAUCAUGACCACAGUGCUCUCUGCUGACAUCUCUGUCCAUUUUAAGAACUGUCCAAAGUAGGAGAAAAACCCCAUAGCAAACAUAUGCUGCUCUGGACAGUUCCUAAAAUGGACAGAGAUGUCAGCAGAGAGCUCUGUGUUCCAAAAACAAAAGAGUUUCCUCUGUAGUAUUCAGCAGCUAAUAAGUAAUGGAAGGAUUAAGAUUUUUUAAUAGAAGUAAUUUACAAAUCUGUUUAACUGUUUAAAAAAACAAAGUUUUCCACCGGAGUACCCCCUUUAAAGUGCAGACCAGCUGACCAGGCAACUAUGCAACACCAGACCCUAAUGAAACCUUUACAGAUUUUAGGUGGGAAUUUUGUUGCCCAGGGAACUGUACCACUCCCCCCCCCCCCCCCCCCCAUCA